AUGGCCGAGAACACGAGUCCUGACGAUGGGGCGGCGGGCACCCGCCACCGCCUUCUGGAUGAUCGAGCGUGGACAAGCGCUCGUGGUCUGCGCUGCUUGCUAGGUGGAAGGACGGACGACUCUGUCGAUGUAGAGUAUCAGAGCACCAAAGAUGUGUGUUCUUUGGUUCGCUACUGUUUCUUCGAGCCCAAAGUCUCGGUGACCUGCUCGAGCGACACUCUGGCUGGUGCUGGUGGAGCGAAAAGCCAGAUGGCCUGGGCAGCUGGCUGCGUCCACCGUCGACGGCAACGUCGUCCGCUUGAAAAGAUACGGCGAGAGCCAACGCGGCGGUAUGCUAUUGUCGCUGUCUUUGUGAAUAUUGUCGCUGUCCGCUGCGUUGUAGUGAUUUCUGACAGGCGAGACGUAUUGUUUCGGAUAGGCAGCCUGUCCCGCUGA